UAAUAGGGAAUUCGGCAAUUUUCAAGUUAUUCGUGGCCAGUUUACUCGCGAGGUUGGUUGUUGUGAAUCCAAAAUGAAAUCAUUAGUUUUAGCGUUUGUCAGUUUACUGACAAUUUAUUCAAUUAAUUGUGAAAUAUAUUUCGAGGAGAAGUUCCCCGAUGAUUCAUGGGAAUCCACUUGGGUAUACAGCGAGCACCCUGGCAAGGAGUUCGGCAAAUUCAAGUUGACUGCUGGAAAGUUCUAUAAUGACCCGGAGGAAGAUAAAGGUCUCAAGACUUCCGAAGAUGCCCGCUUCUACGCUCUGUCCAGGAAGUUCAAGCCGUUCAGCAACAAGGGCAAGCCGCUCAUUAUCCAGUUUACUGUGAAACACGAGCAGGAGAUUGACUGCGGAGGUGGCUACAUCAAGGUGUUUGACUGCAAGCUGGACCAGAAGGAUAUGCACGGAGAGUCCCCGUACGAGAUUAUGUUUGGACCUGACAUUUGUGGACCUGGCACCAAGAAAGUCCACGUGAUCUUCAGUUACAAGGGCAAGAACCACCUCAUCAAGAAGGACAUCCGAUGCAAGGACGACGUUUACACCCAUUUGUACACUUUGAUCGUGAAGCCGGACAACACUUACGAGGUGCUCAUCGACAAUGAGAAGGUGGAAUCUGGAGAGUUGGAGGCCGAUUGGGACUUCUUACCGCCUAAGAAGAUCAAGGACCCUGAAGCCAAGAAGCCGGAAGACUGGGACGACAAGCCCACCAUCCCCGACCCGGAGGACACGAAGCCCGAGGACUGGGACAAGCCCGAGCACAUCCCGGACCCGGACGCCACCAAGCCGGAGGACUGGGACGACGAGAUGGACGGGGAGUGGGAGCCGCCCAUGAUCGACAACCCUGACUACAAGGGCGUGUGGGCACCUAAACAGAUUGACAACCCAGCAUACAAGGGACCCUGGGUGCACCCCGAGAUCGAUAAUCCCGAGUACACAUCAGACGCCAACCUUUACAAACGCGACGAGCUGUGCGCAGUCGGUCUAGACCUUUGGCAGGUCAAGUCGGGAACCAUCUUUGACAAUUUCCUCUUCACGGACGAUGUUGAAGCCGCCAAAGAGAGGGGAGAGGCGCUCAAGAAGACUCUUGAGGGGGAGAAGAAGAUGAAGAACGCUCAAGAUGAGGCGGAGAGAGAGAAGGAGAAGGCGGAGAAGCCAGUGGAUGAUGAUGACGAUGAGGAUCUCGAUGAUGAGGCUGGUGACGCUAUUCCGGCGGACGAACACGACGAACUGUAAACUCCAUGACUGUGUGUGCAAAGACAAUACUGUACCAACGCGGUACCAAUGUGUGAGUGCGCGGGACGUAGCCAUCGGAUGAAUGUUUAGUUGUUUGUGCGUUGCGUUCAAUUCCAAUACUAUUUGUGUUUAAUUUGUUAAGACGCUCCGAUAUGCAAAAUGUCACAUAUUUACAUUGAGGUCUUUGACCAUGCCUAUUAUAUACUUUUAGCUACCACAUGGAGAAGAGACUUUUUGCGAAUUGGACAUGCGUCUAUAAGUUUAAUUUAUGAGGGUAUUCCAUGAAGGGCGCGAGGUGUGAACGCGUCCGGGUCGUACUGAUUCUGUGUGUAAAUACGAUAAUCGUGGUCGGAUGAAAGUUAUUUUUGCGGCACUGUGUGCCCUCGCGGGUCGAAUUGCACCGUCAGUGUUGCCAGCUAAUGCACGCUGACGGUGUAAAACGGAACGCGAAUUAUUUUCUCAUUUUUAUGUUGUGAAAUGAGUCUGAUUAAAAUUAAUAUAUAAUUUU